CCUCCGCGCGCCGCCGCCGCCGCUCGCCGCCGCCGGCUCCCCGCCGCCCGGGCCCCGGCCGGCCGCGCCGGGGGCCGCCGCCCGCUGCCCGCCGCUCCGCCGCCGGCCGGGCAUGAGUUAGUGGGCGACAUGGACACCAAACACUUCCUGCCGCUUGACUUCUCCACCCAAGUGAACUCCUCGUCCCUCAACUCCCCGACGGGCCGGGGCUCCAUGGCGGCCCCCUCGCUGCACCCUGCGCUGGGCCCUUCCAUCGGCUCCUCACUGGGCUCCCCGGGGCAGCUGCACUCACCCAUCAGCACGCUGAGUUCGCCCAUCAAUGGCAUGGGCCCACCCUUCUCCGUCAUCAGCUCACCCAUGGGCCCCCACUCCAUGUCGGUGCCCACCACACCCACCCUGGGCUUUGGCACUGGCAGCCCCCAGCUCAGCUCUCCCAUGAACCCUGUGAGCAGCAGCGAGGACAUCAAGCCCCCCCUGGGGCUCAAUGGCGUCCUCAAGGUCCCCGCCCACCCCUCAGGGAACAUGGCGUCCUUCACCAAGCACAUCUGUGCCAUCUGCGGGGACCGCUCCUCAGGCAAGCACUAUGGCGUGUACAGCUGCGAGGGCUGCAAGGGCUUCUUCAAGCGGACUGUGCGCAAGGACCUGACCUACACCUGCCGUGACAACAAGGACUGUCUGAUAGACAAGCGGCAGCGCAACCGCUGCCAGUAUUGCCGCUACCAGAAGUGCCUGGCCAUGGGCAUGAAGCGGGAAGCUGUGCAGGAGGAGCGGCAGCGGGGCAAGGACCGGAGUGAAAGCGAGGUGGAGUCGACCAGCAGCGCCAACGAAGACAUGCCCGUGGAGAAGAUCCUGGAGGCCGAGCUGGCCGUGGAGCCCAAGACCGAGACAUACGUGGAGGCGAACAUGGGGCUGAGCCCUAGCUCGCCAAAUGACCCCGUCACCAACAUCUGCCAGGCCGCAGACAAACAGCUCUUCACGCUGGUGGAGUGGGCCAAGAGGGUCCCUCACUUCUCCGAGCUGCCGCUGGAUGACCAGGUCAUCCUGCUGCGGGCGGGGUGGAACGAGCUACUCAUCGCCUCCUUCUCCCACCGGUCCAUAGCCGUGAAGGACGGGAUCCUCCUGGCCACUGGGCUGCACGUGCACCGGAACAGUGCCCACAGCGCAGGGGUGGGCGCCAUCUUUGACAGGGUGUUGACGGAACUGGUGUCCAAGAUGCGGGACAUGCAGAUGGACAAGACGGAGCUGGGCUGCCUGCGCGCCAUUGUCCUCUUCAACCCUGACUCCAAGGGGCUGUCGAACCCCGCUGAGGUGGAGGCGCUGAGGGAGAAGGUGUACGCAUCGCUGGAGGCCUACUGCAAACACAAGUACCCAGAGCAGCCAGGCAGGUUCGCCAAGCUGCUGCUCCGGCUGCCCGCCCUGCGCUCCAUCGGCCUCAAGUGCCUGGAGCACCUGUUCUUCUUCAAGCUCAUCGGGGACACGCCCAUCGACACCUUCCUCAUGGAGAUGCUGGAGGCCCCGCACCAGAUGACCUAGGCCAGCAGAGCGGCCGCCUGUCCCUGCCCUUCCCUGCCUGGCCCACGUGGACCUUUGGGCGCUAUGUGUCACUGCGGUCCUAAGGGACGUUGCCAUCCCGGUCAUCUUCGUUGUCACUCAUCUGUGGCCCAGGGCUGGUGGCUAAGACCCAGCCGGGGCCCUGCCUGCCGGGGGCUGCAGGCCCUGGGGAGGGGGCUCCUUUGUCGCUGUUUAUAGUUGCUGGUUCUCAAACCUCCCUCAGCGCCCCAUAGAGUGACUCAUCUUUGACAGCUAUGUGAGCUCACCUAGGGCCAGAGGCAGGGGCCGGUGGGUGCCAGCCAGGAUCUCACUGCAGGAGACCCCACUGCCCACCUGCUGGAGCCUGGGGGACCCCCAGGGCCACGGGGUUCCCUUAGCUCGGAGUGGAGAGUGAGCAGCUCUGCUUUCCAAAGAAAAUUGGUGUACCCGCCCCAGGCACCGAGAACAGGAGCCAACCUCUUCGCAGCGUUUUGGGCCACCUCAAGGCCGCAGGGACUGGAGGCGUCAUCACCCCACUGUGGUGUCCUCUGGGUCAUCAUCCUGGCUGCAUCUUCUUCUUGCCAUGUGUGCCCGCUCAACCCAGGGUACCCCAGGGUCACCACGCAGCAUGCAGGGACCCUGCCUGGGCUCUGCUGACCCCAAUGUGGACAUCGCUGUCCCAGGGAGGGGGAGGAAUGCCAGCUGGGCUCCCCCCAGGGAGAUGUUGGGAGCCAGAGGGUUUUCUGGGAGAACGAACCAUGCAGGCAGGGGCAGGGGCAUCUUUUUUCUUCUCUGGCCUCCUCCUCUGCUUGGAGGACUCUGCUGGCCUUGUAGGCCCCGGGGCAGUAUUGUUUGUGGGUGACCUCCACCCAGAGCGCUAGCUGGGGCUCCAGCUCCCACGGCUGUUGGAGGCCCAGCUGGGCCCACUGCAAACUGGAGAUCUAGCAUUGUCCAUAGUGGGUACCUGAAUGGGCGGCCGGGCAGGUGGGGCUCACAGGAGCAGAGAAGCGGCUCAGGGUGGGGGUUUUGUCCAGCCUCGAGGCUGCUGGAGGGAGGGACAGCUGCAUCCAGCUCAGCAGGGUCGCACCAGGCAGAGCCACCCACGCUCUGGGUCCCCACCCCACACCCAGCUCGGUGCCUUCUGCGGCCCGGGGCACCCCACUGUGGUGUCACCCGUGCUCACUCCUGCCUGUGCAGUGCCCUCGGGCUCCUGUGCGCCCUUUGGGGGUGUCCAUGCUCCUGCAGAGAACAUCCAGGGACAGAAGUCUUCUCAUGUCCCCUCCUCCCAAGCCCGGCUGGCCACCACCCACGAAUCCAGAGCCCGAGCCCUCUGGGCUUUGCAGUCUAACCUGCCCUCCACUUCCCUCGGCUUCCUGUGGCCUUCAUGUUAGUGCCCUGUCACUGCCACUGUGCGUCCAGUGCCGCUUGUGGGCAGGGUGGGCUGUGGGGAGGUGGGAUGGCUCUUUAACCAAGCCUUCAGCCAUGCUACCAAUCUGGCGCAAUUGGGGUGAUUUUUUUGUAAUUAUAAUUAUUAUUAUAUUUUAGUGGGACAGUCUUUAAUUUUCUAAAGAUAGCACUGACAUCAGCUUCUCGGCCACCCUGUGCCCGUCCUUGCCGUGGCUGGGCCUGUGACCUCCCGGCUGCCAAGUUACCUUUCCGCGUGGACAUUUGCACAGCUCCUGGGGCCAGGUGGCCUACGUGACCCUUAUGCUGGAAUCACUCGGUCUCCGAGGGACCCAGCCCCAGGUCCCCAAUUUCUGGAGCCCUUGGUGGUCCCCAGGGAUCCCAGGCUGGCGGCCUGGUGACAGUGCUGAAGAGGACACCUGGGGAGCUGGCUGCGGCAUGUGGCCUGGCGGUCAUGGGCUGAUGUUGUCCCCAUCACGGAACUGGGGCGCGUGGCCUGGUCCUGUACACGUGGGUGUGCGGUGUAAACGUGUCUGUGCUGUAUGGAGACGCUGUGUGCGAGGAGCCGUGUGUGUCACAGUUACCGAUGUUUUGUGUUUAUGUUUAAUCAAGGCUUUCCCCGCCUCCCUGUAAAUUUGCUUCCUGAGAGCAGGCACCCGAGGACCCCCCUUCUUUCGGUAUCUCGAGGCAGGAGAUGCAUCUAUUUUAAGAUGCCGGGACCCGCCACUUCGGCAGUCCCAACCCCUAGCAAUGCCUUAGCCGGGACGCUCGCUAAUGCUUUAGGGAUGUCACGUCCAUGAGGAGAGCUAAGAGAAUCUAAAGCAUCGGGAAAGGUAAAAAAAAAAAAAAAAUCUAUUUUUGUACAAAUGUAAUUUUAUCCCUCAUGUAUACUGGAUGAUAUGGCGGGGGUGGGACUUGUUUUGUUUCUGCUUCUAGAGGUCGAGGUGAGAUGCAGGGACUUGGGGCAGUGGGGAGGCUCCGUCAGAGCCUGCCUGUGGACCCUCUCGGGGGCACGGGUGGGAGGCGGCCCGAGAGCCCAUGGUCACGCUCGUCCCUGUCCCAGUACUCGGUGGAACCGCGCUGCCCUUCCUGCCUGGCUGCCUUUGUGACCCAUUUGACUGUGAAAUUCUUCCUCCGUGAUUGUUCUCUGCAACACCGAGGCGAGACAGACGCCGGGGUGGGACGGACAGUGGUGUGAGUUGUGGAAGAGACACGAGAAAACCGUGAGAGGGGAAACAAAAUGAGCGUUUCAAAAUACAUCUCCGUUCAUUUCUCA